CUAUUGAAAGAGGCCAGAAGCUGGGAAGAGCAAUACAGAGAACUUUCUGAGCAAAUGAAAACACUCCAGAAGAGUCAGAAAGAUUCAGAAGACACUAUUGCAUGUAAAGACAAUGAAAUAAAGGUUUUGUCCGAUUGCAUUACUGAGUUAAGACAGCUUGAAACCGAAGCUAAAUGUGAGACUGUGGAGUUGCAGAAAGGAGAUGCCAAGUCCAAUGAAGAAACUCAAGGUAAAAAGAAUGAUGCCAUGAAGAACAAGAUAAAACAGAUGACGGACGUGUCACGGAUAAAGACAACUCUGACAAUUGUUGAAGGAGAACGAGACCGAUAUAAGGCAAAACUACUGGCUGAAGAAAAUUCCAGACACCAACUGGAAGGUAGCUUGUAUAUUUGUUCAUGCUGA